AAGAACACACAGGUGGCAAUUUUAUUCAAAGUACCGACUUAGCUUUGGAAUGGUUGACCACAUUCCAGUAUGACGGCGUGAACAAAUUGACCAUAAGCUUUAUUGAAACUUACGGAGCGCAACACCUGAUCUUGAUUACCAAGACAAGGGUUAAGCCAGAUUUAGGAAAUCCUAGCCAAGCGCUCGAUUAUCAUUUCGGACAACCUAAGGCAUUGCGAAGUGAUAAAUAUAACAACCAAACAAUUAACCACCGUAAGACAGAGUCUGAUGCCGGUUAUGAUGUCAAGUGUCCUAAAGCCAAGGACAAUAAGCUUAUUAACCUUUUUGAUGAAAUCUGUGCGAAAUUGGACGCCCCUCACCAGCGGAAAGGUGAGCUAUUGUCUCUAAGGCCUUACAGCAUAGGCAUCAUGAACGACGAAG